CCUGGGCUGAAUUUGUAUUUACAUUGGAUGCACUGUUGGUCUUGGUUAAGUGGCGAAAGGAGAAUCCAGUAACAUACACAGCUAGGGACGCGAUCCAUACGUUUCGGAAUUGCACAACUGGCUAGACUUGUUGAGGAAACGACCAAUGCGUGCAUGAAAGGAGUGUUUUCUGCAAUUUAAUCUGUCCUACGUCUUCAUCGCGUCUCGUGUAUCUGCUAAAGUGUCAUCGGCGUUUUACCAAUCGAGAAAGAUCACAAAUUUACGCUGGAUUUUCAAUAAUAAGAUGUAAUUUGGGGUGAUUUUAGGGCGAGGAUAUCAAGAAAAAAGUUUGUGCUUUUCAGCUCGAGUUCCGAUGUGUUUUGUUCUGUGUGGCCGGAGUAAAUGGAACAACAUUUGAAGAAUUGCUACAAAAUGAGUUGAAGUGGACACCUUUGCAAGCCAAGACCUUUAUACUUGGGCCUUUCUAACUACAUAGAUGGGUUUGCUACUGCGAAUCUCGACAUUUUUACUUGCGGUUUGGACUUGCCAAGCAUGUAAAAACUCCUCACAUGCCGUGACUUCGUUCCAAGAAUUGCUUUCUGGGUCUGGUGGAUUUGAGUUUUCAAGUCAAUACGAUGUGAAGAACUUUAGUAACUUAUUAUUAGACAGUGCCAAUCAACAACUUGUUGUUGGAGCAAGAAACCUUAUUAUACAGAUUGAUCUCGGAAAUUUCUCAUCAUUUAAGGUGUUGAAGUGGGAACCAUCUAAAGAAAAUGUCAGAUUCUGCACCCAAUCUCGUAGACCAAAGGAGGAAUGUUAUAACUACAUCCUCGUUCUGCAGCCAUACCAAGGGAGACUCUUUACCUGUGGAACAAAUGCUUACACCCCUACCUGUAAAUGGAUUAAACUGAGUGACUUGUCGCCUGCUAGUGGCACCGACAGUAAUGGCAACGUGUUCCGAGAAGAUAUGGAUGGCGUGGGCCUGGUGCCGUACAGCCCAAGAUACAAGAGCACUGGUAUCAUGUCAGAUCAAGGGCGGUACUACGCAGGCACGAUGAUGGACGGGUCAGCGCGGGAACCAAUCAUAUUUAGCCUUGACUUCAAGCGGCGCUAUCGUAUGCUGAGGACCCUGCGUGGGGAUGACAAGUGGCUCAGUGAUGCGGAGUUUGUGACGAGUUUCGACGUAGGGCUGUACGUGUAUUUCUUCUUUCGUGAAGCAGCCGUCGAAAACAUGAAAUGUGGGAAAACACGAUAUUCCCGCGUGGCGAGGAUAUGUAAGGGUGACUAUGGAGGCAGUGAAUAUGUCAUGAAGAACACAUUUGUCACUUUCAAUAAAGCACGGCUCAACUGUUCGACGACAGGGGAGUACCCGGCCUAUUACGACCUUAUUCAGGACGUUUUCUUCGAUUCAAACAGAGGCGUGUUUUAUGCUGUCUUCACAACUCAACCUAAUGGCGUUGCUGGCUCAGCAAUCUGCGCCUACUCACUUGACGAGAUCAAUCGUGUCUUCAACGGAGACUACAAAUAUGGCGACGACAAGACCGGGGAGUGGUCCGUGCAAACAAACGAGCAUCACUUCGCUAACUGUACCGUGAAAAAUACCAGUCACGUUCCGAUCAGUCCUGAGUGGAAAAGGAAGCUUGUUCCUGAGGGGAUGAUGUCUACGCCUCUGUUCACAAAACCUGCGUUCGACGACUCGAAGCGCUACCAGCUCAUGGCCGAGGCGGUGCAACCGGCGACACAAGCAGCGCACUACAUUAUUCAUGGCACCAGGUUUUCUUCUGUAGCCGUACAUGUUAUCAACAACGCGUUAGUGACUUACGUCGGCACAGAAUCUGGGUCCGUGUUGAAGCUCUUUACGCCUGAAGGUCACGAGAGCGCAUGCGUCAUCGAGGAGAUUAGAUUGUCAACGCAGAAGGGUAGCAGCGAGCCCGUGACGUCACUCAGGCUGGAUGUUGCCAUGAAUGCUGUUUACGUUGCAACCCAGAGUAAGCUUGUAAAGCUUCGGCUUGCGCGAUGCUCUCAGCACACGGAUAGAAGGAGUUGCAUGGACGCACAUGACCCAUAUUGUGGCUGGAAGAAGGAAGCUAGUGCCUGCACUCCGUGGGAUUCGAGUUCCAAAGGUAGCUGGGAACAGGAGCUUAAUCGAUGUCCGGUGGCAAAAGCAAAGUGGUCGAGCUGGUCGGCAUGGGGCGUAUGCACCCAGCCUGAUAACAACGUGUGUCAAUGUCGCACCCGCGCGUGUCGUCACGCUUGUGAUCCAAGUGAAUGCCGAGGGGAGCAAGCACAGCUCAAGGAAUGUACAGUGGACAGAAGUUCGUGGGCGGAUGAGGCCACGUGGCUAAGGGAAGGAGUGAUCCACGGUGGAUGGACCAAUUGGGCGGCUUGGAGCCAGUGCUCAGUCACACAGGGCAGCGGUUUUCGUGUGCGCACCCGAGCAUGUGUUAACCCACCACCGCGUAAUGGCGGCCGGAAGUGUUUAGGGAACUCGGAGGAAGUUGACAGCUGCUCUGUGACCGUGCCUUUAGAAGAAAAGCGCUUAGACUUGACGUCCGAGCUAUUGGGCGUGGUCGGCAAAGAUGACAUGGCCAUGCGGCACAGGUACACCUGUAAGGUGAAGGGCUACAGCCUACAGAACAUGACUCUGGAGCUGACCAAGACCGAGAGCAUCGACUGCAUGUACAACGCGGAGAUCUGCAACCUUCCAACUGAGGCUCCCGUGGGGGUGUGGGCUUUGUGGUCCGUUUGGACCAAGUGCCGCUUUGUCGGAAUGCAGCGACGCGAGCGCGUUUGUUUCGAUACAGACAAGCCCUGUCAAGGCUUGGACCACGAGGUGCGGGAGUGCCAAGUCACGCGUCCCGAUACCACCACGCCCACCAUGCCUACCACUCUUGCACCAAUCAUUACCUCACAGCCAGUUCCAGACCUGCGAUGGGACGAGUGGUCCGCGUGCAAAUGUAACUUGUCUGUCAAGUUCAUCCUGGAGGAGGAGCAAAAGCAGCCGGUCGGGCUGAUGCACAGAAUGCGGCGAUGCCGGGACACCCAUCCGGACGAUACGCGCUGCAACCGAGACAACGUGCAGUACGAGAUAUGCUUCUGUAAGAGCACUGAAUCUGGCGUCCUCGCACGAUCCUUGGACGAGGAUGUUUUACGCAGGCCUGUAGGAUACCGUCUGGGGGAUGUAGUGGGGGCGGCGAUCGUCACUGGCGUCCUCUGCAUUCUCUUGUGCGCAAUCCUCGCCUACUGUCUGAUAAAGCGCCGCAAGAAAUUCGACGUAUCCCGGGCUCAUGAGAAAAGCAUGAGUGAAAGUUUCAGCGAGAGCAGAUACGAAAGGACUAAUGGGACUGACUGCCCUAGUAUCAGCAGAGAAAAGAAUAACAGUUCAAAGCUGCAUUCAGUCAACGUUAAGGGCGGCAGAUCAAUAACUGAUUUCUUUCUAAAACGCAACACAAGUCCAGAGGCCGUCUAAUCUAUAGGUACAGGAGUUCCAUAGGGUAUAAAAUACAGAGUUUGGUACUAGUGAUGCAAAGCUAGAUCUUCCCGCAAGGGCAACAGAACUUGUUCUUGUUUGAUCCACACUGGAUGGCGAGCUAGGACACGCAAAUAUAUCAUUUUCGUGAGCUCUUAUGUUUUUUUUUAGAAGAAAUGGCAAUUAUAUCAUAAUUUCCAAUCGAGAUUAUCUUAACUGUAUGUUCCAGACGUUCGCAGAACAUAUUUCGGAAGGAUGAAAUAAGUCUGGGAACCGAGUUAUUUCGCGUUAUUUGUGCUCGUUACUUUUGGUUAUUAGUGCUCUUUACUUUUGGUACUCGUUACUUUUGGUAGAUCUUCGUUCAUAUUGUUUGGGGUAAACGUUUGUUUGAUGAGGGAAACGCGCGAGGCCUGGAACGGGCUGCACACAGUCUGCUAAGACCACGGUAAUACCCUCCAUAUUUGUUGUAUUCACCCAUUAACUUAUUUAUAUAGUGUAUAUAGAGGGUAGUUAGGAUUGAUUAAGAGAUUUGUUUGUGUGUUUGAUUGCCUGGGUUAGGGUUAAAUUACUAAUUCAUUCGCUUUAAGUUGCGAGAGCAAAAGUAAAUCGAGAGAAUUUAUUUCUAUUCGCCAAUAGCAAAAAAAAUAAUGGCUAGUGUUGGCUGGCCCAAUUCCGAAAUCGUUUUACAACUGGCCAAUGAGUCUUGCCGACCGACUGUCACGUGGUGCCGUAUAAGGUCACGUUUUCAUGUCACACUGUUACCCAGGCUCUUCAAUGAUUGAGCUCAAAGGCUGGGAUUUAAAGGCCUAUGUAUAAUACAUUACGCUUGCCUGCUGACAAAGCUAUCAUAUACCAAUACCAUCACAUAGAUAUUUUGAACAGGACCACAGUUUUCGUAAAAAUACGAGGUGUAGAUAAAUAGUCGACGGAUAAAAAUUAGUUAACAGAGUUAAUUUCUGCAAUUACAUCGUUCGACUUGCAUUCAUUCUUUUGUAAUAUAAAGUUGCAAAUAAACAACUAAAAGCGUUAAUGUAAAAAAGAUUUAACUUAUAAAUACAAAGUUUUGUUGUAAAUAAAUAUCA